AUGACGGCAAUCACUUCUGCUGCCCCCUACCUCUCGCUUCUGGAAGAGCGCGAUGCUGAUCUCAAGGUGUACGCUCUGAGGUCGCUCAACAGCGUGGUCGACCAAUUGUGGGCCGAGAUUGCUAACAACAUCGCCGAAAUCGAGCAGUUGUAUGAGGACGAGCACUUCGCCAACAGACACCUUGCUGCGCUGGUGGCCUCGAAAGUGUACUACAACCUGGGCGACUACGACUCGUCUGUGAAGUACUCGCUGCUAGCGGGCAAGGAGUUCAACGUGGACGAAAAUACAGAGUACUCACAGACCAUUGUGUCCAAGUGCAUCAACCAGUACAUCUCGCUGUCGCGGGCCAAGUUUUCCGACGAUAAGGUGGCCAUUGACCCGCAAUUGACGAGCAUUUUCGAGACAAUGGUGCACAAGUGUGUAGUCCAGGGCGAGUACAAGCUCGCGCUGGGAAUCGCCCUCGAGAGUUACCGACAGGACAUUGUCACCUCCAUCAUCGACACAUUGGCCAAGGAAAGCGGCAGCGAAGAGACCGUUUCUAGCUUGAUCGGCUACAUCCUCACCUGCUGCACCACUGUCUCGUACAACAUCGACUUCCGGACCAGAAUUCUCAACUCUCUGAUCUUGACCCUCGUCUCCUUCAGCAAUCCAGAUUACACCAUCAUCACCAAAAUCAUCGUGCAACUCAACGAUUUCAAGCUUGUCCACAAGAUCUUCAAGGACCUCAUGGGCUCGCACGAAAAGGCACUUAUUGCGUUCCAGAUCGCCUUUGAUCUCGUCAGCGUCGCCUCACAGGAACUGCUCACGAAAACUGCGGAGAUCAUCGACUCAGAUCCAGCUCUGGACAAGUCCAACAAAAAUGUGGUCAAGCUCAGGAAAAUCCUCUCGGGCGUGCCAACGUGCGAUCUGGACAUUACGUUCCUCUCAGACAACAACAAUACCGACAUUUCCAUCCUCAACACGUCGAAAAAAGUGCUGGAUGGGAGAAACUCGAUUUUCCACUCUGCGGUGACGUUCCAGAACGCUUUCAUGCAUGCUGGAACCACAGACGACUCUUUCUUCAGAUCCAACCUAGAAUGGCUCGGAAAGGCCAACAACUGGUCAAAGUUCUCGGCAACAGCAGCACUGGGUGUUAUUCACAAAGGUAACCUGUCUCAGGGCCGGACCGUGCUACAGCCAUAUUUGCCAGGAAGCACGCCUUCUCCGUACACCAACGGAGGAUCGUUGUUUGGUUUGGGUUUCAUCUAUGCCGGCCACGGAGCAGAGGUCAUCGAGUAUCUUAGAAAAAUUGUUGUUGACAACAGCAAUUCUGCUGACAACAAGAACACAGAUAUCAUUUUGCAUGGUGCAUGUUUGGGGCUCGGUGUGGCUGCCAUGGCUCUCGGGGAUGAGGCUAUUUACGAGGAGCUAAAAACAAUCCUGUACACCGAUUCUGCAAUUUCUGGUGAGGCUGCUGCCUUUGGAAUGGGUCUUGUGAUGUUGGGAUCUGGAAACGAGGCAGCCAUUCACGACAUGUUGGCGUACGCCCAGGAAACCCAGCAUGAAACCAUCAUUAGAGGUCUUUCCAUUGGUAUUGCUCUUCUUUGCUACGGAAAGGAGACUACUGCCGAGCCAGUGAUCGAGAAAUUGAUUGGACACCAAGACUCGAUUCUUCGAUACGGUGGAUGUUUCACCUUGGCUUUGGCCUACUGUGGAACUGCAGACAACAAUGCCAUCAGACGGCUUUUGCACAUUGCCGUCUCUGACUCCUCGGACAACGUGAGAAGAGCUGCUGUGAUGGCGCUUGGUUUCAUUUUGCUGCGUGAUUACACCACUGUCCCCAAGAUCGUCGAGCUGCUUUCUGAGUCUUACAAUCCUCAUGUGAGAUACGGUACUGCCAUGGCUUUAGGAAUCUCAUGCGCUGGUCGCGGUCUGCAGGCAGCCAUUGAUGUGCUCGAACCUUUGACCAAAGAUGCUACCGACUUCGUUAGACAAGGUGCCACCAUUGCAAAGUCCAUGAUCCUAAUACAACAGAACGAAAAGACUUACCCUAAAGUGAAGGAAUUUAGAGAACAGCUGGGCAAGACAGUGUCCAACAAGCACGAGGAUUCUCUUGCCAAGUUUGGCGCUGCACUGGCUGAAGGUAUUCUAGACGCGGGCGGAAGAAAUGUCACCAUCCAACUUGAACAUGCUCAAACCAAUACACUCAACAUGAAGGCAAUUGUGGGAUUGACCCUGUUCUCACAGUUCUGGUACUGGUUCCCGCUUACCCACUUCUUGUCAUUGUCAUUCAGUCCAACUGCCAUCAUCGGUGUCACGGAGGACCUGAAGGUGCCGAAAUUCAAGAUCAACUGCCACACCAAGCCAGAGGUCUUUAGUUAUCCACCUAAGUCAGAGGCCCAAGUGGAGAAACAGCCAGACAAGAUUGCCACGGCAGUUCUUUCUACCACUGCCCGUGCCAAAGCCAGAGCGGCAAAGAAGGACAAAGCUAAGAAAGAUGCCAAGGAUGAAGAUAAGAUGGAUGUCGACGAGAAGAAAGAGAAAGUCGAGGAGGAGAAAGAGAAGAAGGUCGAGCCCGAGGCCACUGAGAGUUCUACAGAGAUGCAGCCAGAGUCGUUCUACGUGAAAGAGCCUUACCAGUUCGAGAACAUGACCAGAGUUUUGCCUGCUCAAUUGAAGUACGUUACGUUCUCGAAGAACGAGAGAUUUGUCCCGGUGAGAAAAUUCAAGGGAAUGGGGGGAAUUGUCGUUUUGCAGGACCUGUCUCCGAACGAGCCAAUUGACAGAAUCAAGACUGUGAGAGAAAAGAGCAAUACCGAGGCUCCAGUGCCUGAGCCGUUCACCAUCGACCCCGAGAUCGACAAGGAAUUAUUUGAAGAGAGCGAGUAA